AAAACAUUUAAAAACAAUUUCUGAAAACAGCGUACCUAUUAUCAAUUUCUGCCCUGACCGAUUCUUCCUUCGCGUCGUCGUCUUCAACCGGCACUGUUGAAAAUUUCAUGCUCAGCUUGACUAUCUCGAUACAUGGAUGAAAGUGAUCAGGGUUGAAGGCAAUUUCCAUCGAAUUGUGGGUGUCUGUCAGAUCAACUUGUCGAAACAUGACAGUGCUGAAGAGGUACGUGUUGAAACUUUUCAUCUCAUUGAAGUAUAUCACCGCAAACGUCGUCGACAGGAACAACGGGCGCAUAGUCGCAACGGCUUCAACCGUGGAGCACUCUCUAAAGAGAACACUCGAAUGCAGCCGCACUUGCAAUGCAAAGGCAGCCGCGGUUGUGGGCGAGGUGCUGGCGAUGAGACUUCGAGUGGACGGCCUUGAGCAGGGGCAAGGUCGAGGAAUUCACGUCAAUGUCAACAAAGAAAUCGAGAAAAAAGGUCUCAAGAACAACACCAAGGUUUGGGCUAUCGUAAACUCCCUGAAAAACAACGGCGUCAAACUCGUUCUUGAUGACGCGGAUGACAACGAUGCUUCGGUUUCUAGCUCUCCUUACAUAUAUCGUCAAACACAACAUAGGAAAUGAUCAAUGGAUACUUACAAUGUUUUUGAGGUCUUAGGAAUGAUGAAUACUGUUGUUUUAACAGUACAUGUUUAUAUCCCGAUGUUUUAUCGGCGAUCGGGAAGGUUGAUCCCUUCGAAAACGAGAACACGAAGUUGCUCGUACGGCUUAAGGUUAAUGGGUACGAUAUAUCAAAAAUGCAGGAUCAAAUUGCAAAUUGUACCGAAAUUUUCGGUAUGGUAUUAAAAUUAUGGUAUCAAUAUAUUGAAUAUUAAUAUAUCAACCCUAUUUUUUAUAA